GGGCCGGGGCCGGUGGUAACGGCGCUGGCCCCGCUGAUGGUCCCCGAGCACGUUCCGCACGUCCCGCUCAUCGCCGUGACCCGGAACCCCGUCUUCCCCCGGUUCAUCAAGAUCAUCGAGGUGAAAAACAAGAAGCUGGUUGAGUUGCUGAGGAGGAAGGUCAGCCUGGCCCAGCCGUAUGCAGGGGUUUUUCUCAAGAAGGAUGACAACAAUGAAUCUGACGUGGUGGAGAACUUGAAUGAAAUCUACCAGACAGGGACGUUUGUUCAGAUCCAUGAAAUGCAAGACCUGGGCGACCGGCUGCGGAUGAUUGUGAUGGGACACCGGAGGAUCUGUAUCAACAAGCAGCUGAGCGUGGAGCCCGAGGAGCCCGAGGCCAAGCCGAGAGUCCGCCGAAAGUCCAAACGUUCCCAACGGGAGGUCGGAGAGGCCCAGGAGCCCAAGGCCCCGGGCAGCGAGGGGGUGGUGGUGGAGCCCCUGGAGGCCGCUGCUCCCGGGGAGGUGCUCAUGGUGGAGGUGGACAACGUGGCCCAUGAGGAGUUCCAGGUCAACGAAGAGGUCAAGGCUCUGACUGCAGAAAUUGUCAAGACAAUCAGAGACAUCAUUGCUUUGAACCCUCUCUACAGAGAGUCUGUGCUCCAGAUGAUGCAGGCGGGGCAGCGGGUGGUGGACAACCCCAUAUACCUGAGUGACAUGGGGGCAGCCUUGACGGGGGCCGAGUCGCACGAACUGCAGGACAUCCUGGAGGAAACCAACAUUCCGAAACGCCUCUACAAAGCCCUGUCUCUCCUGAAGAAGGAAUUCGAACUCAGCAAGCUCCAGCAGCGGCUUGGGAGGGAGGUGGAAGAGAAGAUUAAGCAGACCCACCGGAAGUACCUCCUGCAAGAACAGCUCAAGAUCAUCAAGAAAGAGCUUGGCUUGGAAAAGGAGGACAAAGACGCCAUUGAAGAGAAAUUCCGGGAGCGCCUGAAGGAGCUGGUAGUCCCUGAGCAUGUCAUGGAAGUCAUCGACGAGGAGCUGAACAAGCUGGGCCUCCUGGAUAACCAUUCCUCUGAGUUCAAUGUCACCCGCAACUACCUGGACUGGCUGACCUCCAUCCCCUGGGGCAAGUACAGCGAGGAGAACCUGGACCUAGUCCGUGCCAAGGCCAUCCUGGAAGAAGAUCAUUAUGGCAUGGAGGAUGUCAAGAAAAGAGUGCUGGAAUUCAUUGCCGUCAGCCAGCUGCGAGGGUCCACGCAAGGCAAGAUUCUUUGCUUCUACGGGCCUCCUGGGGUCGGCAAGACCAGCAUCGCCCGCUCCAUUGCUCGGGCCCUCAACCGGGAGUACUUCCGCUUCAGCGUGGGGGGCAUGACGGACGUAGCAGAAAUCAAAGGGCACAGGCGGACAUACGUGGGAGCCAUGCCGGGAAAGAUUAUCCAGUGCCUCAAAAAGACCAAGACGGAGAAUCCACUGAUCUUGAUUGACGAGGUGGAUAAAAUUGGGCGUGGGUACCAAGGAGACCCUUCCUCAGCGCUUCUGGAGCUGCUAGACCCGGAACAGAACGCCAACUUCCUGGAUCACUACCUGGAUGUGCCUGUAGAUCUUUCCAAGGUGCUUUUCAUUUGUACUGCUAAUGUGACAGAAACGAUCCCCGAGCCCCUGCGGGACAGGAUGGAAAUGAUCAAUGUCUCUGGAUAUGUCGCUCAGGAAAAGCUGGCCAUUGCAGAGCGGUAUUUGGUCCCCCAGGCUCGUGUCCUGUGUGGUUUGGACGACAGCAAGGCCUCCAUCACUCCGGAUGUGCUGACGGUCCUUAUCAAACAGUAUUGCAGAGAGAGUGGUGUGAGGAACCUCCAAAAGCAAGUGGAGAAGGUGCUUCGGAAAUCUGCGUACAAGAUAGUCAGCGGGGAAGCUGAGAAGGUCGAAGUGACUCCCGAAAACCUCCAGGAUUUUGUCGGGAAGCCCAUCUUCACUGUCGAUCGGAUGUACGACGUGACUCCUCCAGGCGUGGUGAUGGGCUUGGCUUGGACAGCCAUGGGGGGAUCCACUUUGUUCGUGGAGACCUCACUGCGGCGCCCGAAGGACAAAGAGAGCAAAGAGGGCUCUCUUGAAAUCACAGGCCAGCUGGGCGACGUGAUGAAAGAGAGCGCCAAGAUCGCCUACACCUUCGCCCGGGCCUUCCUGAUGCAGAGGAUGCCCGCUAACGACUUCUUGGUGACAUCUCACCUCCACCUCCACGUGCCAGAGGGUGCCACCCCAAAGGACGGUCCCAGCGCAGGCUGCACCAUUGUGACAGCCUUGCUUUCUUUGGCGCUGAGUCAGCCAGUGCGGCAAAAUGUGGCGAUGACGGGAGAGGUCUCGCUGACAGGGAAAAUCCUUCCGGUUGGAGGAAUCAAAGAGAAGACAAUUGCGGCCAAGAGAGCCGGUGUGACCUGCAUCAUCCUCCCGUCGGAGAACAAGAAGGAUUACUCGGACCUUGCUGAGUUUAUCACAGAAGGACUGGAAGUUCACUUUGUGGAGCACUAUGACGAGAUAUUUGACAUUGUUUUUCCAAAGCGGGAUUCCUCCAGUGGGUGACCCACUCUUGCUUCUCCAUGCCUCUGACUCUGCGGCGUCUGUCUGGGCCACCCUUUAUGCAAGCAGGAAAGUUUUGAGAGAGAUGAUUUUGCAGCUACAGCCCCGAUGAUGCUUCUAAUUAUGGUCUCUGCAAAACAUGACCCGCCCGAAAUGACGGGAAUCAUGAACCAAUUAAAGCCUUUUCCAAUGAAAUCAGACUGUGAGAAAAGAUCUGUGAAAAAUGUUUGUCUGUCUUGGCCAUUUUCAUAAUAGUUUAUAAAGUAUAUAUAUAUAUA